AUGAUUAAGCCUAUCAUUACGAUAAGAAUUGAUGGAGAUGAAACUAUGACUGUCAAAAGAGAGACACUCACUAAAAUGUCAAACGAUGAAAACAGAGGUAAAACAACGGGGAUAGAUGCUGAUCAAGGUAAAACUAUUGCAGCAACGAACGGAAGUAGAGGACCGUAUGAUCAAAAUAGAAAUAAUUUGUUAACUAGGGAAUUAGAGGAUGUAUUGAAGAGCUUGAUAAGAUGUACAGGGCAAGAAGAAUUCAAAAACGCGAGAGCAUAUGCAACACAGUGUAAAUUAGAAUACAAAAGGAAUUCUAAGGAAGAAACGAGUUACGAACUGACAAAGAUGAGUACCAGUUCGUCUAGCAUUAUCGAAGUUGAUGUGCAUUGCAGCGAGUUCGAUAGGCAAAAACAUACUUUGUUGAACUGUGAGGAUGAAAAGAUGUGUAAUGUGGACGAUUCCUCUUCUGUUCUUACAACCAACAAUUCUGCUAACUAUGAUAUGUGUUCUCAGACCGGUAUGAACAAAAACAUGCUGAGCAUAAGCAAAUACAUGGUGAGUUUGAGAAUGUUCUCAGCGAUAUUAAGAAGAGCAUCGACAGUUUGGCACUAAUGGAAUCGGAAUGCGAAGAAAUAACGAGCCAAAAUAAGAACAACGGAGCAAAUUAGUUGUUAUGUGCUGCAGAAACACCUGAUCGAGAGAAGGAUAACUUCUCAGAACAGCUUUAGCUAUUCGCCAUGUAGAAAAACCAAGCUGUAAUAUCCAAUUUGGACGAUAAAUAUGAUGAACUGCAGGGCUGAACAUAAUAACAACUAUA